AAAAGAGGUCAAAGACAAAACAUCAAAAAAAAAAUUACAUUUGGGCUUUAAGCAAAGCAAAAGCACAAGGAAUGACAUGUGAAUAAAGUGUAAUUGCCAUCAAGGGAAUACUCUUUUGUGCCGUCUUGAAGCUGGAAAGCAGGUUUUUAGCCAAAAUGUUGCUUAGAUCAUUACAAUAUCUAAAUAGUUUCGCUGGCAAACGCUGCCUUUCAACACAGGCGACGUCGGUACAAUCCGUUGCAGUUCCGGAUAAAGAUAGUGAAAUUAUUCAGCAUCCUGAUUACUUUGGCAUUCACCAUCUGUUUACUAUAGAGGAUCUUUUUAGAGCAAAGGUUCAUUUGGGACAUAAAGAAGGCACUCUCCAUAAUAGUAUGAAAGGUUACUUGUACGGUAGUAGACUAGGCCACUGCAUCAUUGAUCUUGAUAAGACAGCUGAAUACUUGAGACUAGCACUUAAUGUCACAGCCCAUAUAGCUUACCGCGGUGGAAUCAUACUGUUUCUCAACCGCAGUGCUCAAAAUGGCCAUAUAGUGGAAAAAAUGGCAAUGGAAUGCGGGGAGUAUUCACAUACCAGGUUCUGGCGUGGAGGUAUAUUAACCAAUUCAAAAGUGCAAUUUGGUGCUGUAACUAGACUUCCAGAUUUAUGCGUGUUUUUGAAUACACAAAACAAUAUUCUUGAAAUGCACAGUGCAGUUAAGGAUGCGGCUAAAAUGGCUAUCCCAACAAUAGGUAUCGUGGAUACAAACUGUAACGCUAAUCUGAUAACAUACCCUGUCCCUGCGAAUGACGACAGUCCUUCGGCAAUCGAACUGUAUUGCAAGCUGUUCAAAAAUGCAGUUUUGCUGGGUAAAGAAAAACAAAAAGAAUCACAACAGGCGAAUUGACUUUUGUUUUUUUUUAACUUUGUAGUGAUUAAAUAGAAUAUUAGUAAAACCUAAUGUAGUUUGUGUUUGCU